AUGACAGGUUCCGAUCGAACCCCGAUCAAGCGCCGCUCUUCCACACAGCACUAUCAGACCUUCGAUACCCCGCCGCCCAAAUCGCGUGGGCGACCUAAUUCCGGACAAUCGGAGUCCUCAGCCGAUGCUUCGAACGAUCAUUACCAUGGCGAUACUGACAGUCCUGGUACACAAUCUCCACUGCCAAAAAAGCAAAUGGCAGUGCUCGCGAUGAUCGCCUUGGCUGAGCAAACUGCACUCAACUCUAUUAGUCCUUAUCUUCCUGAUAUGGCUUCGACCUUUCCCGAGGUGGAAUCGAGUCAAGUGGGUGUAUAUGUGGGGACCAUCGCGUCAGCAUUUGCGCUGGCACAGUUUGCAACAAACUACUUCUGGGGGUGGCUGUCAGAUCGAAUUGGGCGCAAACCAGUGAUCCUUCUCGGUACUUUCCUGACCGCUGUAUGUUUUGUUGCAUUCGGCUUCUGCAAGACCCUCUGGCAGGCUAUUGCGGUGCAAGCAUUGAUGGGUGUGGUCAAUGGUAACCAAGGACUGGUGUCUACCUGUCUGGGUGAAAUUACCGACCGGACCAACCAGUCCCAGGCGUUUACCUACCUACCUGUUUUAUACGGCAUCGGAGGUAUAACAGGUCCACUUCUCGGUGGUCUUCUGGUCUUCGAGCACAAUCCAUUCACUGGCAAGAAAAGCCGAUACCCGUAUCUGGCGCCAAAUGUGCUCUCCGCUGUCAUUCUUUUGGUGGACUUCGUUCUGACAUUCAUAUUUCUGGAGGAAAGCUUGGAAGAUGCCGACACACUUCCUAGGAUCGGUCGAAAGGUUCGCAGUCUGUUCACGUGGCUAUGGCAAUUCACUGGUUUCUCAAGCCACCCGACAUAUGUCCGGCUUCCACAAGCAGUGCCGUAUCCCCGUGGUGGUCGCAAUCCUGUUGACGGUGAGGAGCAUGACAGUGACCUGGAUUCGGCUUCGGAAAUCUCGAGCCAACCAGACAACCAUGCUGAAGAGCUGACCUGGGAUGAGAUUUUCACACGGGAUACAAUCCUGCUCCUUCUGACCUAUCUGAUUUUUGCGUUUUGUAAUGUCUCUUUCAACUCACUCUUUCCUAUUUUUGCCCAGGCCAAACCCCCUGUCGGUCGUCAUCUCACACCAUCUGAGAUUGGCUUAUCUCAGGGAUUUGCUGGGGCAGUCACUAUUAUCUUUCAGAUCUGUAUCUUUAACCGGCUGCGUGACAAAAUGGGUAAUAGAUGGUCCUACCGUGCCGGUCUCUUUGGAUUUGUGAUCUCAUUUCUCCUCAUGCCCUUCGUUGGGUACAAGAGCAAUGCAAAGGAAGGGCUUACUGCAAAAUCGGCUCUUAUGGCCGUGGAGCUAUGCUUUGUGUUGCUUGUCAAGACCGUCGCUUCUGUCGGUGGGUUGACUAGUGCUUUGCUAUUGGUGACCAAUUCUGCCCCGAAUCACGCUGUCCUAGGUGCUCUGAAUGGACUGGCCCAGACACUUUCUGCUGCUGGACGCACCGUGGGUCCUUUCUUGUCAGGUGGUCUUUUCUCCUUGACAUCCAAAAUCCAGCCCAAGGGAGAAGCGAUCGCUUUUGGUGUUUUUGGGGCUGUCUCUUUCAUCGGCUUCCUUCUGAGCUUCGGUAUCCGUGGCCGUUCUCUUGAGGCUGACGGCUGGGCUUCCGACAGCGACGAUGCGAACUAUAAGUCGGACGAUGAGGAACCUAAUGGUUCUUGA